AUGGGCGACAAGUUCAGAUGCUACGCUGGCAAUGGCAUCGAUAGCGGUGGCAAAAGCGGCAGGCCGUCGACGCUGUCCGUUGGGCUGGGAAGCGGUGCUCGGGGCGGAUUAGUCAUCGCCACCGACUCCGGAGAUGGGAUGGACGAUGGAACGAAGUACAGGGACCUUGUUUGGGUGCCGGACGGCGAGAAGGUGUGGAGGGCGGCGAAAAAGGUGGCAGGGAAAGAGUGCAGCUCGCCUUCUCGCAAGAGAUCGCUGACGGCUUCCGCAGGCGACACCGUGUGGGUCCACACGCCGACGCAGGACACUUCCGUCGAGGUGCCCAAGGAUCAGACCCACGCGUACGACCCCAGCCACGCGCUUGAUCUGGACGACGCCUCAAAGAUGAACCAAAUGCACGAGGCGCCGCUCCUAGACCUGCUGCUGCGGCGAUUUCGAAAGGAUGCUAUUUACACCAGCGUGGCCGACGUUUUGAUCAGCAUCAACCCCUACAAGAACAUCCCCCUGCUGUACGAGGUUCCUCUGCAUCAGAUGCAAGACGAGCCGGAAGACGAGUUUGAAGAGAGCGAUGGCGAACGAGAGGCACCGAGGGAAGGGAGAGGGCGCAAUGGCCGUGCAAAGGAUGCGCGUCCGAAGGCACUGAGCGACAAACUUGGCCAACCGCACGUCUUUUCCGUCGCCGACCGAGCUUUCCGGUACAUGAAGUCUCCCGGGGCGGAGUACACCCACGGGAAAAGGCGCGGAAUGAACCAAUCGAUAAUAAUUUCGGGGGAGUCCGGGGCGGGCAAGACGGAAGCCUCCAAGCACGUCAUGCGAUACCUCAUCACUGCCUCUCAGCUUGCCAACGGGGUCUCCCAAGACGCAGCAGGCCAUGAAAGUAGCGACGGAGUUGAGGCAAUGGCGAAGAGAAUUGAAGCCACGCUGCUGAGGAGCAGCACCCUGCUGGAGGCCUUCGGGAACGCCAAAACCCUUCGCAACGAUAACUCGAGCAGAUUCGGUAAGUACAUUAAGCUCCUGUACGACCGAGACAGCCGCCUUAUGGGCGCGUCGACCGAUCACUUCUUGCUGGAAAAGUCAAGGCUCGUCAAGGUCGACAGCGGCGAACGGGGGUACCACAUCUUCUACCAGAUGCUGGCUGGACUAGACGAGGCCAAGGCUGAGGCUCUUUCCCUGGCGCCUGCCGAGGAGUUCCACAUGAUAUCCCAGGGAGAUUGCGUCGCUAUAUCGGACGAGGUCGAUGACCGACAGGCAAGACACGUCAACACGGAGUUUGUGCAGACGGAAGACGCGAUGGAGACACUGGGGUUUGAAGCGGAAGACAAGGCGGCUGUGUUCCGGGUGCUGGCAGCGCUUCUCCACCUGGGGAACGUCCGCUUCGAGGAAACGGAAUCCCCGGCCCAGGGAGGAGCGAAGGCCAAGAUUUGCAGGGCGGAUUCCAGCCUUUCGAGCUCUAAUGACUCCUCGUCCGGCGAAGGGGCUGGACUGGCCAAAGCCGCGGCACUGUUGGGGCUUGACGAGGACAUUCUGACCAGAAAGGUUAUGUGGAGGGCCAUCAUGGCGCCGGGGAAGUCGCUGCAUGAGAUCGCCCUCACCGCGCGCGAGUCUAGCGACAACCUGUCCGCCCUGUCUAAACACACCUACGGCAAGCUCUUCACCUGGAUCGUUGCCUUCAUCAACCGCUGCCACCAGCAGCACGUCCGCGGCGUCACCCUGGACAAAGGAGCAGCCGAACUUGCUGGGAUCGGUGACGACGAAGACAAGCGGUCCUCGUUCAUCGGCAUCUUGGACAUCUUCGGCUUCGAGAUCAUGGCGACCAACAGCUUCGAGCAGUUGUGCAUCAACUUCGCCAAUGAGGUCCUGCAGCGCCAGUUCAACCACCACAUCUUCGUGCUGGAGCAGGAAGAAUACAAAGCGGAGGGUCUCGACGUGGCAGCUAUCCCCUUCAAGAACAAUCAGGACAUAAUCGAUUUGAUUUGCAAGAAGCCACUCGGCCUCAUGAUCAUCCUCGAGGACCAGGUGCUCACUGGGAGAAAGGCGCAUGCGAUGAACAAGCUCGAUGACAGGAGUGUCCUCGACCUCUACCAUCAGGAGCAUCACAGGAGAAACCCACACCCGAACUACGAAAAGCCCCGCAUGCAGUGUGACCUGUUUACCCUGAAGCACUUUGCUGGAAAUGUCACCUACGACGUGGCUGGAUUUUUGGAGAAGAACAAUGACUCGCUGCAGGACGACCUUCGUGCCCUCCUCCUGGACUCCGAAGACGACUUCGUACGGGAGCUCGCGGACAUCACCCCCACCGUUCCGGACGGUCAGCAGCAUCUCACUCCCCAGAACUCGCCGGCACGAGUAGGCGUUGCCUUUCGCGGGGCUGAUUCUCCUCCGUCCCCUCCCCCCCGUGGUGGCCUUGGUGGCCGCUACGAGAGUGAAGGGCAAGGCGGGAGAUCUCCGGUGUCCGACAGGAGGCAGAGCCGCCGAGAGAGCGAGAGGCAAUUAGACAGCCUCGUGAUGCAGCUUGGGCAAACGGAACCGCAUUACAUCAAAUGCAUCAAGCCAAACUCUGCGAAAGCGCCGGGCGGUUGGUCUAGCCCCCUCGUCAUUGAUCAGCUGCGAUACUCCGGAGUUCUUGAGGUGGUUCGCAUCCGGCGAGAGGCAUAUCCGCUCAGGCUCGACUACGUAGAGAUGUACCGCAAUUUUCGGGUCCUCGCGGAAUGGAAGGCCGGGGGCACACUCUCCCCGGAGACGUGCUCCGAGGAGGAGGCGCGCGUCAUGUGCAGGGAGAUCUGCAGCUUCGCUCUGGAACCGGACGACUUUCAGCUGGGUAGAACUAGGGUUUUCCUCAAAGAUAACGCGCUCGACAAGCUCCGCUGGGCGCUGCAGGCGAAGUACGUCUCCGCGGCCUGCAGCAUCCAGGCGGCCGCGAGGAGCUUCCUCGCGCGGAACCGUCUGCGGAACGCUCUUCGGGAACGGGCGGAGCUGAGAGCGCGGGAGGCCGAGCGCCAGGCAGAAGAGACGAGACAAAGACGGGCCUCGGCCCAGGUUCAGAUCGCCAAGGUGGCGAGGGGGCUCACGCAGAGGAAGAGGCUUGAAAGACAGACCGCGGGCUCGACGGUGCUGCAAGCUUGUUGGAGGGGCUACAAUACCCGCAAGACGUUAGAGAGUUCUAGGGCAGCCAGGCGAACCCUGGAAGGCCGUCGGGCCACCGAGCUGCAGGCUUGGGCACGUAUGCUCCUGGCAGGGCAAGCCCGCACCCGUGCGCGGCGGGCGUCGACUACCCUUGCCUCUGCUUGGCGGAUGCGCUCGGCCGUGGUAUACAAGAAGCAGACCGUCGACAACGUUACAACUUUGCAGGCUUGGGCGCGUAUGCUCCUGGCAGGGCAAGCCCGCACCCGUGCGCGGCGGGCGUCGACUACCCUUGCCUCUGCUUGGCGGAUGCGCUCGGCCGUGGUAUACAAGAAGCAGACCGUCGACAACGUUACAACCUUGCAGGGACUGGUCCGGGGGAUGCUAGCUCGGCGUCGCUAUGCCAUUGCACGCGGGAGGGUAGUCCGCAUCCAGGCGCUGCUGCGGGGCUUCACGAAGAGGAGCAUCUUCUUGAAACAGGUGGCCAAGAUUAUUACCGAGUUCCCGCAGCUAUUGUACGUCCGAGACCGUUAUGGGAGUUCCGGCGUGGACGAGAUGUUUCCGCACGGCGGUGGUGACGGGGACAGUCGUGAUGAGGACGACACCGAGGCAGGAGAUAGCAACAUGUCAGCUUCCAUCAAGCCUUCCCGGUGCUUCUCUACCCUGCUGCAUGCUGCAUGCGAGUCUGGAGUGAUGGAUGUGAUCGCUCUUCUCGAGGCGUUUCCCGAAGAUGUAACCGCCGUGGAUACCAAGGGGAACUCCAGUGUACACGUAGCGUCCUCUGCUGUGGACUACAAGCUUGUCAAGUACCUGGCCAAGCGGAACAACAUGGACGUGGAAAAAGCGCUAGUGGAAGAGAAGGAUCGGUCCGAGCAUGCAGAGCGCCUCACCAGGAGACAGGUGGGCACUAGCGUAAACGUGUUUCGGGCGGCCAGGCUGGAGCGAGCGAGGUGGGCGGCAGAGGCCAACGCCGGGGGCUCCAGGGGUGUGAGGGCGGCGAACAGUGGCCCCACCUCCCUGAAGGCGAAGCACUGUCUCAUGUCCGGAUAUCUGCGGAAGCGUCGAGAAACAGACCGCUGGUUGAAGCGCUGGUGCGUAUUAACAGAGACGAGUCUCAUGUACUUUCACAAGCCUACCGACGAGAGCCCUUCCAAGAUCAUCAAGCUGGACAAGGCCAUGCUGAAGAAGUCCGAAAAGGUGGACUUUGCCUUCGAGAUUCAUACGCCCGACCUCCUCGACAAGAGGAACAAGGAAGGGAGGCUGCAUUUUUCUUGUGCGGGAGAGGGAGAGCUGCAGCAGUGGCUGGUGCCCUUGCGAGUUGUCGUCGCUCUGUAUCAGUUCAGGAACGACAAGCGCAGAGAACCUCUGGUCUACGUCGACGUCGAGCGCCGUGCGCAGUUGGCUUGUUUGCCCAACAACAAGGGCGAGACCCCCCUACACGCGCUCGCGGGGGCAAGCCUUGUGGAUUUCGCGGGCACCGGGAGGCGUCCCACGGGAGGGCGACAAGGGCUACCAACGCUGUCCGGGAGGACGUCCGUCGUGUCUAUGCAACGUUUGGCAGCCUGGCUGAUCGAGAGCGGGGCGGACCCCAAUGAGCCGGACAACUCGGGCCAGACCGCGCUGCACGUGGCCAUGGAGUGCGACAACCCGGCGGUCGUGUCUACUCUUGCGCGGAAGGGGGGCGACGUCAACCUCAAGCGCCCCUGCGAUGGGCGCUCCGUGAUCACCCAGGUGUUGGAACAAGGACAGGGAAUGGACCUCAUCGAGCAGGUGUCAUCCGCAGGGGUGACGACGAAUAACCCACUCCUACCUCCCCCCGAGAAACUGUUCGGCUUCACGUACGUAUCGUUCUUCAUCGAGAAGACCACGUUCCCAGCCUCGAAGCACAACGCCGUCAUGGACCUCACCACGCCCACUCCAAACGUCGGAGCGUUCUCGGCCAUGACGGGGACCUUCAACUUUGACGCCCCCCGCAGCGUAGGAGGACGAGCGGGCGGCACGGGAGUGCGAGAUACGCUGAACAAGCCGGGCUACGCGAAGUCUACGAUGGCCCGUUGGGGGACCAGGAUCGGCCAUGUUGUGGGGGCGGGCGGAGGGGUCGGGAGAGGGAUGGGCGAGGCGGGGGUCGGGGGACCGGGAGGGGAGGACGGUCCGGACGGCGCCCAUGGACCGCCCCCUCCGCUUGGGACGAUGACGAUUGAUAGGGUCGUGGAACAGCUGUUCUUUGUGAGAGUUUCGGUGUACAAUGCAAAGGGGAAGCUGUCGGAGGCUCAACAGGAUGUGACCGUCCCCAUCAUGACCAACCCCGAGUACCUGUGGUGGGCCCAUACGUGGCACAUGCAAACCCCCUUGGAAACGCUUGGCGCCGGGAGCUUUGUAGCUUUCGAGCUGAAAGAGAAGGUAGGAAUGGGUACGAGGUGGGUGAAAAUGAUUGCCAGACCUCGUCUGGCGACAAGCAAGCCCGAACACAAAACUACAGAAUGA